CCCGCGAAAGUGGGAAACAUCUCCUUAAACUUGUGUUUUUAUCCCAUAAAUUUUUUACCGCGUGCUCCAUUUAUUUACCCACUUACUUUCUCCACCUAACUCCGACGCCGCCUUCUCUGGUAACUACUAGUUGCGGCGGCCGGUGAAGGUGGCAAUCGGAAUAUCCGCCGUUGGAGAUAUGUCUUCUGUCGGGCUUAUGGCGUACUUGCGGUCUCAGUCUCAUCACAUCGGCGGCCUGAGCUCCGCCUCUUCUGCCCUCGUUGAGCAAGAACAGUAUCUCGCUGAGUUGCUUGAGGAGCGCAGCAAACUUAAACCAUUUAUGCCUGUGCUUCCUCAUUGCUAUCGGUUGCUGAACCAGGCAGAAAUAUUGCGUGUAACUACACUCUUGGGGAAUGCGUCAGUUUUAGAUCAAAGUGGGCUUGAACAUGCUAACCCCCUGGCUUCAGGAGGAAUAUUUUCAAAAGGAGCUAAUGCGGACAGAUGGGCAUCAGUGUCACCAUUUCGAUCAGAAAGUUCAGGUCUAACCGAGCCCUUGUCUAAUCAAAACUGGCGCAGUAGUCAAAGUAGCUCGUCUGGCCUUAUUGUUAGGCGAACAAUCAGAAUUGAUAUUCCCGUGGAUCUGUUUCCUAGUUACAAUUUCGUUGGUCGCCUCCUUGGUCCUAGAGGGAACUCUCUGAAGCGAGUUGAAGCAAGUACUGACUGCCGUGUUCUGAUUAGAGGACAUGGAAGCAUCAAAGAUCCAACAAAGGAAGAGAUGAUGAGAGGUAAACCCGGGUAUGAGCACCUAAAUGAGCCGCUUCAUUUAAUUGUAGAGGCAGAACUGCCCGUGGAGAUAAUUGAUGCUCGAUUAAUGCAAGCACGCGAGAUCCUUGAAGAUCUUCUCAAGCCUGUGGAUGAGUCUCAAGAUUUUUACAAAAAGCAGCAGCUAAGAGAAUUGGCACUGCUCAAUGGUACACUGCGCGAAGAGGGGUCUCAAAUGUCUGGUUCUGUGUCGCCUUUUCACAACAACCUCGGGAUGAAGAGGGCCAAAACCCAGGGGUGAUCUGGCUGUUUUGGUUGGGCUUCAAAGCUCGAUCACACACUCAUCUAAGCGACGACUACUAAGCAGCAGUUUCAAUGCAACAACCGCAGUUGCUAAACCAACUACGCUGCAGUUUCAAUGCAACAGCAGUUGCUACCCAGCCAAUGCCUUCAAGUGCCAUCGGGGUAUUGGCUACAUCUCGUUCAACAUCUAACUCGUUUCUGUAUGAUAUGUUCUGUUCGGGAGGUAUUUGUGUGAAGACCAUAGCAGCAAAAUGUGUUACAGAGGACUGCAUAAUGCAUAUGGUCAAUCCUCAAUCUUCCCCAUGUUUGUCUUUUCUUCAUCUUUUACUUUUAAGGUUUGGAGUAGUUCUCAUGUUGGUAUUGAUUGAUUUAUGGUUUAUGUAUGGGAGUGAGGUGCAAACCUGCAAAUGAUCCAUCCACCAUGAAACUGGCUGUGGGUUGUAUUUCACACUGUAUAAGUACAGCAAUGUUAUUUCUUGAUUUAUAACAUCCUCUCCAGUUCAAACA